AUGUACAAGCAGGAAUCGGCCAAUUCACCUCGGCCGCUCACGGCUACAGGCUCGAGGAAUCGGGCUAGUGAGCCUCGAGAGUGCAGAAAACAGGGGAGACAGACAAAGCCGAAGGGUAGAUUGAUCAAGGACUCAUUGGCCGUCACUUACACUCCUAUGGUUUACGACUCAUUUGACCGAACACUUGCAAUGCCAAUCAGCAAAGCCGGAAACAAACUUGCUACCAUGGCCUGGACACGAAUCUCCGCAUAA